UGACUCUCUAGAAUCUCUCACACCAACUGUCAUUAUCACUCUCAUUCAUUCUCCCCCAAAAAAAAAACCCUAAUCUCACCAUCUCACAAAUGGCAGCCGCCGCGCCACCACCACCACCAACAGCAGCACCAGAACCAAACAUGGUCCCACAAACCUCCCCCAUCGGCCACCCUCUCUUCUCCCGCAUCCGCCUCGCCACACCUCUCGACGUCCCCUUCAUCCACAAACUCAUCCACCAGAUGGCCGUCUUCGAGCGCCUCACCCACCUCUUCUCCGCCACCGAGUCCAACCUCUCCUCCACCCUCUUCACCUCCCCUCCCUUCAAAUCCUUCACCGUCUUCCUCCUCGAAGUCUCCCGCUCCCCCUUUCCCGCCACCACCACCUCCUCCCCCGACUUCGCUCCCCUCCUCAAAACUCACAACCUCCAUCUCCCUAUAGAAGACCCCGAGAGCUACAACUUCACUCCCGAUAUGCUAAACGACGUCGUUGUGGCCGGGUUCGUUUUGUUUUUUCCCAACUACUCGAGUUUCUUGGCGAAGCCUGGGUUUUAUAUUGAGGAUAUAUUCGUGAGGGAGCCGUAUAGGAGGAGAGGGUUCGGGAGUAUGUUGCUGACGGCUGUGGCGAAGCAGGCGGUGAAGAUGGGGUACGGGAGGGUUGAGUGGGUUGUGCUUGAUUGGAAUGCGAAUGCGAUUAAGUUUUAUGAGCAGAUGGGUGCUCAGAUUCUUCAGGAGUGGAGGGUUUGUAGGCUCGCUGGUGAUGCUCUUCUGGCUUUCGAUAACGUUAACAUCUGAGAGAGUGUGUUCGGUUACUAUUACCACUUCUGCUUAAGUUUGCUGCUUUUGUUGUCUGUUUUUGUGUUUCUUUGUUUUGUAAGUUUUGGCAUUGAUGAUAAUGGAUGAUGAUGAUUCUCUCUGCCAUUGGAAAUAAAAUCAGAAAAAAAUAGAACCUUUUUGUUUAAGGUGAGUUUGG